GCGAGAGCAACAAUAAUGAUCCUUCCCACACGCACUAUGUCCCCGCCGCAUGGGGCUUUCCAUCCGCCGUCGCACGCGCAUCCUGACGAGGAGCCCGUUUCCCGCACUUACCAAUACAGAAAAGUUAUGAAACCAAUGCUUGAAAGAAAGCGACGCGCUCGUAUCAAUCGUUGUCUCGAUGAACUCAAAGAUCUCAUGGUUACCGCGCUCCAAGCUGAAGGUGAAAACGUCUCAAAAUUGGAGAAAGCUGACAUAUUGGAACUGACAGUACGCCAUCUCCACAGCUUGAAACGAAGAGGACAGUUAGUGCUUAAACCCGAAAUGUCAUACGCCGAACGUUUCCGUGCAGGAUUCGCCCAAUGUGCUACGGAAGUGUCACAGUUUAUCACCAACGCCACUGUUGCAGCUAAUGCUAUGCAUCGACAAGGCCCCGUUGAUCCUCAAGCUGGAGCGAGGUUGCUUCAGCAUUUAAGCAAUUGUAUAAGAAGAUUAGAAGCCCCUCCAGUUGUGCAACCUCAGCCGCUUGCGCCUGGUGCUGUUGCGAGACCUACUCCAGUGCAAGCGAUAGCACCGGCACCGGCAGCAGCACAGCCAGCCCAGGUCCUUCAAAGGACGUCACUAGUGGAACGAGGACUUAAAAGACAGGCAGAGGAACCAAUUGACGUGGAAACGAUUGGAACGAAAAGAGCAUACGCACCGCCCUCGCCGCCACACAGCCCCGCCUCCGAGCCAGACUCCGCCCAGUCGAUGUGGCGGCCGUGGUGACCCACCGCCACCUCAUGAUCUCGUCCCCACGUCCAGGAUUGUGACCCCAGUGUGAUAGUUACGAAUGUUUUGUUGUUUGAUACCGUUAACGUUCCUAGAACCGAUGUGUUAGAAAAUUAUGCAUGAACUCGCUUUGCUUGUUGAAGUUUGUUUUUAAUUUAAUAAAAUAAGGUUUUGUUUUUACGAGUUAACUGUUAUUUUUGUAUUCCUAACUUCAACGUCUUCCGCGUCGGUUAUGCAUUUACUUGUUAAAAUAUUAAGAAGUACCAUAGUUUAGCGUAGUACCUAAGUUAAUACUGUGAUACAUAUUUGUAGACUCUACUCGAAUAGGAGUUUGUUAGGUCUAUGUAAAGACAUAUGCUUUUGAAUAUACAUCGCUAUAAUAGUGAAA